CCCCCUUGGUCACGCCGCGAGAAGCAUGAUGUGUGUAUUGUAAUCAUUGUAACCUUUCAAUUUUCGAUUCUCUCUCGUACUCAGAAGAAAGGAAUGGAUCAUAAUUAGAAGCAUAUAUAGUUAUAUUAAAAGGAUAGGAAGGAUCAUCAUUUGAAUAAGAGGAUACACACACAACACAGGUUAAUCAUUGUGUCGUAUGGUUCCAGUGUGGGGCCGAAGGCACUAAUUUCUCUCAGCCGAGAGAACUCCAAAAAAAAAAAAAAAGAAAAAUUCUCUCGUAAUACACGAUGGUGCAGAGCAGGAUAUUCGCGCGAAAUCGCGCGCUCGGCUACGUCAGCAACCAUGUGCCGCUUGUCACGAGGUACAUCCUCCGGAGGAAGGAGCACCUCGUCGUCACGUGCGUGGGCAAGGAAUUCCACACUUACGGAUGUAAACAUUUCACCCUGCUGAGCGUCUCGGGCACCCACGCGGACGAUAUCACCUGCCUGGCCACGGACACGUUUCACGUGUACACGGCCAGCGCGAACAACGUUUACGCAUGGCGCAGGGGAACCGAAUUGAAGCACACCUACGUGGGUCACGAGUGCGCGGUCCACAUUCUCCUGCCGUUCGGCGCGCACUUGAUCUCCGUCGACGAGAGCAGCACCCUGAAGGUCUGGGACAUCAAGGAGGAGAGCCUGCUGCUGGAGUUGAACUUCAGCAACAAUGUUUUCAGGAUAACUACACUGAUGCAUCCCAAUACCUACAUGAACAAGAUCCUGCUCGGCAGCGAGCAGGGCCAGCUGCAGCUGUGGAACAUUAAACUGAGCAAGAUGGUCUACACGUUCCAGGGAUGGCAGAGUAACGUGACGGCGUUGGAGCAAGCGCCAGCGAUAGACGUGGCUGCCAUAGGUUUGAACAACGGCCAUAUUAUUCUGCACAAUCUCAAGUACGACGAGACCAUCUUCGAGCUUGUACAGGACUGGGGCCCGGUGAUAUCCAUCAGCUUUCGUACGGAUGGCCAUCCCAUCAUGGCGACGGGCAGUCUAGGUGGCCAGAUAGUAUUCUGGAACUUGGAACAACGCAUGGUGGAGAGCCAGCUGUGUAAUGCCCACAACGCUGCUGUCACGGGUCUCAGAUACAUACCGAAUGAGCCGUUGUUGGUUUCGUCUUCGCCUGACAAUUCUCUCAAGCUAUGGAUAUUUGAUAUGGCCGACGGAGCGGGCAGGCUCUUGAGAAUCAGAGAAGGUCACGCUGAGCCUCCGACGAUCGUUCGGUUUUAUGGAAACGAUGGUAAUUAUCUGUUGACCACGGGCGGCGAUUCUUCACUCCGGCUGUUCUCGACCGUCACGGAGAUAUUGAACAAAAGCCUGGGUAGAGCCUCGUUUAACAGAAAAGCCUCCAAGAAAAAGAGUCACUCGGUCGACGAUCCGUUGUUGAUGCCGCCAAUAACCGAGCUCGCAGCCGAAGUGACGCGGGAAAAGGAAUGGUGCAACAUAGCGGCUACUCAUUCCGGUUUAGGGAUGGUCACUACGUGGUCGUCUCAUCUCCAAAAGAUGGGCGAUCUUAAGUUGCUUCCUGAAAGAUUCAAAAACAAUUACAAUGCUAGCGCGACCAGCUUAUGUUUAACGAGAUGUGGAAACUUUGUCGUGAUCGGUUACAGUACGGGACACGUUGAUAGAUUCAACAUUCAAUCGGGGAUCCACAGAGCGUCCUAUGGAAGCGAGAAUGGCGCUCACGAAGGUCCCGUUAAGGGCGUCAUGGUUGACGAUUUGAAUCAAACUCUUAUUACGGCUGGCAGAGACGCAAAAAUUAAGUUUUGGGAUUUUAAACCAAAGAAAGGUAUAACUACAGCAAGAACGACAUUGACACUGGAAGAGUCAAUCGAAUGGAUACGAUAUCACAAUGAGAGUUCCCUUGUGGCUAUAGCCUUAGAAAAUUUCGAUGUUGUGUUAAUGGAUCUGGAUACAAAGAGGAUAGUUCGGCAUUUUCAAGGGCACGAGGGACGAGUAAUGGAUGCGUGUUUCAAUCCUGACUCUAGGUGGUUAAUCACAGCAUCUAUGGACUGCACAAUCCGUACUUGGGACAUACCAUCAUCACACUUGAUAGAUAUUUUUCAGGUACCUGAAGCUUGUAUAUCUUUAAGUUUCUCUCCGACGGCAGAAUUUCUUGCGACCGCGCAUGUACGUAAUGUAGGGAUCUUCUUGUGGUCGAAUCGUAUGCUCUAUUCACACGUGUCGUUAAAGGCCAUUAGCAAAGACGAUAUGAUACCCGAAGUAGGACUUCCUGGAUCUUCCGUAGAAGCCGAGAAAGUCGAUGAAGAUGAUGUCGUUGCCGAAGAGCCAGAUUACGUGUCUCCCGAUCAGCUCGAUAGCGAUCUUAUAACCAUGUCCGCCGUAGCUCAAUCUAGAUGGCAGAAUAUACUCGAUAUCGAUAUCAUUAAAAGGAGAAACAAGCCGAGGCAACCGCCUAAAGUUCCAGAGACCGCACCGUUCUUCUUGCCUACGGUUGCGUCGUUGCAACUGCGCUUUGAUUUCACGGACGUUAAAAGCAAUGAAAACACCAAUGAUACUGCCAGUGUUCAUCCGCUUUUACAAAAUCUUACUUCGUUUAACAAGAGUUUGCUUCAAUCAGAUACCAACAAUUUUUCGGAUGUGAUAGAGAAAUUAAAGGCAAUGGGUCCUAGCAACAUUGAUUUCGAAAUUCAAUCAUUGUCUUUGGACGAGAGUUCCGCCGAAUCGUCAAUGCUGCAGUUUAUGAAGAUGCUUCAUUACAUGAUGGAACGACAGACGGAUUUUGAAUUGUCGCAAGCGUAUUUGGCAGUCUUCUUAAAGUGGCAUGGUACAGCAAUCUCGGAGAACGAUACGUUACGAAAGUAUCUACGGAAAAUCCAAAAGGCACAGACGAGAAAUUGGCUUACAGUACGAGAGAAAUUAUUUUAUAAUCUAAGUGUUGUACAAAGUUUUAAGAAAAUGUAAAACAAUACAUUUUUAUAUCGUGUAAAUAUUUAAUAAUUAACAAGUCACCAUAGAGUAAAUAAAUCCAAGUUUCAUAUAUUUUCAAAAAUUAAAAUAGGCAUGUUUGAUUGCACGCAUGAAUUAAAAAAUAAAGUUACCUAGACAUUCGUCGAUCAGCAGUCUUUCGAAAAAAUGAAACAUCUUUCAGUCAAGAAAAGAAUAAACUAAGUAACACUCAUAAAAAGAAAAGUACUUUAGGCGGUUGCGGAGGCCCUGCGUAGUAAAGGCAUGAGUUAUCUGAAAUUUUUAAACAAUACGUUGCGAACUUGGCACGCACAAUCAAAAAAUUUAUGCUCGAUUUUGAAAAUUAGAAAUAUUCCGCGGAAGCCUGGAAGCACAAGCGAUCGCAUGUUGAAACUAGCCAAGCAUCACGUAUUGUUUCAACACUUUUCCGUUUCAUUAAUAAUCCUAAUUGCAUCAAUUAUAAAAUAUAAAUGCAGCGAGUUGUUCCUAGAACGUAAGAAGAAUUUCGCAAUCUUAUGCCGCUUGCAAUUUACGAACAAGCUCAGAUUUCAACCUUACAAAAUAAGUCGAUUUCCGUUACAUAGUGUCGAAAAUUUAUAUCUCGUUAAUAAUAGUAACAAAAUAAUAUCACAUUAUAGUAUCAGAUAUGCCAUUUGUGUGAUGAUUGGUUUAACAAUUUGAUAAACAAGUGUACAUAAUAAUUUCUUUAACAAAACAGUAAACCAUGGAUAGUCAAUAAACUGAUACUGUUUUACAUUUCGAAUGAAUUAUCCUUUUGUUGCUUUCAUGUAUAUUGGAGAUUUAAUUCCAAUAUCAUUACGAUUAAUGUUACAUGCGAUCGUUUAGUUGGGAAUGUGCUAUUGACGAAGCAAAUAGAAUUAUCUACACACUGAUAUCUUAUAAAAUAAAGUAUUAUAAUAUUGAAAAAUAUGUUGCGUUAAUAUUUUUACAUAACUAUUAAUAAACUUAUACAUAAACUUAA